AGAAAGCUACUUGGCGAAUCAAUACGCGGCGAUAUAAAAGGCUUGGUUCCUCGUGCGACUCUCUCAUUCAAAUCGAGUGCGUCGCUGGUGUUUGGCUCGUCAUUCAAACUUUUUAUCUCACCCUUUAUUCCUAACAUAAUUCAUUAAAAUUUUUCAAGAUGUCAACUGAAACUAAUGAUGGAGAAGUAUUUGCCUUCCAAGCUGAAAUUGCUCAGUUGAUGAGCUUGAUCAUCAACACUUUCUAUUCCAACAAAGAAAUCUUUCUCAGGGAGUUGAUUUCUAACUCUUCUGAUGCUCUUGACAAGAUCAGAUACGAGUCUUUGACUGACCCGUCCAAACUAGACAGUGGCAAGGACUUAUACAUCAAGAUCAUCCCCAACAAGGAGGAUAACACAUUGACCAUUAUUGACACUGGUAUCGGCAUGACCAAGGCUGAUAUGGUCAACAACCUGGGUACCAUUGCUAAGUCUGGUACUAAAGCUUUCAUGGAAGCUCUGCAGUCUGGUGCUGAUAUUUCCAUGAUUGGUCAGUUUGGUGUCGGUUUCUAUUCUGCUUACUUGGUUGCCGACAAAGUGAUUGUUGAAUCUAAACAUAAUGAUGACGAGCAGCACACCUGGGAAAUUGAUGAAUAUGCUGCUCAACAAUUGAAGGAGUAUGAUGGCAAACAGCUGGUGUGUGUUACCAAAGAGGGUUUGGAACUUCCUGACGAUGAGGAAUCUAAGAAGAAGCUGGAGGAGGAUAAGACAGCAUAUGAAAGCUUAUGUAAAGUCAUCAAAGACAUUUUGGACAAAAAGGUCGAGAAGGUUGUUGUAUCAAACAGACUGGUAGACUCUCCCUGCUGUAUUGUCACUAGUCAGUAUGGUUGGUCAGCGAACAUGGAGCGUAUCAUGAAGGCUCAAGCUUUGAGAGAUACUUCAACCAUGGGUUACAUGGCUGCUAAGAAACAUUUGGAAGUAAACCCUGAUCAUUCCAUCAUUAAGGCAUUGAAGAGCAAAGUAGAUGCUGAUAAAAAUGACAAAACCGUGAAAGACUUUGUAAUUUUAAUGUAUGAAACCUCUCUUCUGUCAUCAGGUUUCAAUCUUGAUAACCCACAAUCACAUGCAUGUCGUAUCCAUCGAAUGAUUAGCUUUGGUCUUGGUUUGGACGAAGAUGAAAUAAUGGAGGAGAACGUACCUGCAGAGACUGAUGCUGACAUGCCAGCAUUAGAGGGAGAUGAUGAUUUAUCUAAAAUGGAAGAAGUUGAUUAAUUAUUUCACAAGAGACAUUUAUUAGCUAAUUGAGACACAUGAAGAAUGUUGGUUCAUUCCUUGUACAUUUUCCUUUUCAUUUCCAUAUUUCAAUGACCAGGUGGUCAGAAUUUAGUAAAACCUGGUGGAAUUGUUUAUCUCAGAUGCUUUCUACACUAAGCUGUUUUCUAUGAAAACUAAUCUCCAUUGCUUGUUAACAUUAGUUACCAUACUUCAAGAACUCUUCUCAAUUAACAACAAAUUUGUAGUUCUUCAAACAUCUCAAUUAUUUGCUGAAAUCUUGUUUUGUUUUGUCUUAUAUGUUAAUGGAUGGAUGGAUCUCUUUUGACCUCCGUCUCGGAAGUCUUUGACAGCUGGCACCUACUCAGUUAUUUAUUUGCUUGGUGUAAGCAUUAACUGCACUGAAUUCCGUUGUAUAUUUGUUCAAAUUUUUCCUAAAUAAAAAUAUUUCAUAAUA